UUGAAAGCAUUUUAUUCCAAAAUGAUUCAUAUUACGUGUACAGCUCAUGGACUCCACCGAGUAGCAGAGGAAGUAAGGGGCAAAUUUAGUAAUGUCGACAAACUUAUUUCUAGUGUUAAGAAAAUAUUCCGAAAAGCACCAAACCGUGUUCAACUGUUCAAAGAUGAAGCUCCUCAUUUAAAUUUGCCACCGGAGCCUAUUAUAACACGUUGGAGUACGUGGAUCAUCGCCUCGAAUUACUAUUGUGAAAACAUUGAAAUCAUACGUAAAAUUCUCGAAAAACUAGACGCCGAUGAUGCUGUUAGCAUCAAAGAGGCCAAAAAAUAUAUUUCCAAAGCUGGUAUUGAAAGAGAUUUGGCCUACAUAAAGUCCAAUUUUACAAUUUUAACAGUUUCCAUUACCAAGUUGCAAAAACAAGGGCUACCAUUAGCUGAAGCUAUAAAUGUAUUUGAAAAUGUUGAAAAAGUUUUUGAAACCCUUCAAGGACCAAUUGGAAAAGCUGUUUUUAAUAAACUCAAUAACGUCACCCACAAAAAUGUCGGUCUUAAAAUUUUAAAAAAUAUUUCAAAUAUAUUAUCUGGUGUAACUAUGAACACAGAACUUGAACCUGGACUUCCUGAAGACUUUUCAAUGUACAAGACUCUACUAAGUAACAAUCGAAGAUCAUUUCACUUUGAAAACUUGUACAAACAUCUAAUUAUUCAAUGUAACUUUCAAGAACAAUCGCAGAAUAAAUGAGUACCACAAGUCGUUUACCACAAUAAUUCCGAUGUUAUAUUAUUCAAUUUUUUUUUUUAAUAAUAAUAAUAAUUU